AUGAAUAACCAGAGAGUAACCUAUGCAGAACUGAAUCUGGCUAAGGAUUCCAGGAGGCAGCAAAUAAAACCUAACGGCUCUAAGAGUUCCAUUUCAGUAACUGAGCAGGAAAUAACCUAUGCAGAAUUAAAUCUUCAAAAUGCUUCAUGUGAUCUUCAAGGGAAUGACAAGAACUACCACUGCAAAGAUUUUCCAUCAUGUCCAGAGAAGCUCUUUGCUGAGAUUCUGGGAGUCAUCAGUGUUGUCUUGCUGGCCACUGUGGUAGCAAUAGCUGUUAAAACCUCUAUUGUAAUGCCAGAGCAGAAUAAUUCUCCCUUGACAACAGGGAUCCAGAAAGCAUAUCAUCGUGAUUGUUGUCCAAAAGAAUGGUUUACAUAUUCCAACAACUGCUAUUACAUUAGCACUGAAAGAAAACUAUGGAAUGAGAGUCAGAUGGCCUGUGCUUCCAAGAACUCUAAGCUGUUUUAUAUAGAUAAUGAAGAAGAAAUGAAAUUUUUGAGCUCCUUUUGUUCUCUUUCAUGGAUUGGACUCCCGAACAGUACCGAUGGUAGUUUGUGGGUGUGGCAAAAUGGCUCAACUUUCUCUUCCAAACUGUUCUCAGUAUCUUCAGGAAUGGGCAAGAAGUGUUCAUAUGUGUUGUUUGACACACAACAGCUUUAUUCUGAAUCCUGUUUACAAAUAAAACAAUAUGUUUGCAAGUACCAGAAACGUAGGCUUAUCUAAAGUUGGUAUAAUGCUAAACUGAAAAGAACAUAUUUUUAGUUUAUUU